CGCCGCGCCGCGCUGGAGGGAUCGGCUGAUGGGGGAAGGGCCUGGCUCUCACUCUUGAGCUCAUGGCGGAGAACAGACCUCACACCGCCGCAGCUCGGAUCCGACAAACCCGCGUCUGAUCUGGAGCACAGGACGACAUGAGCGCUGCUGAGAUCGCGGACAGACUGGACGUUGUGUUUCUGCUUUUACUGAGUCCCGGAGAUCCAGCUGCAUCCAAACACGGUGUCCUCAUCAGGCCUGGCAGGCUGUGAAUUAUUCGGAAAGGAACUGAAGAACAAACAGGGGAAAUGGCUGCGACCGCGGGCUUCUCCUCCAACGGCCCUGUGCCCUGGACGCUGAGCGACACCGAGGUGAACAAUCUGUACCGGGAUCUGGAGCUGGGCACUGUCCUGACCCUCUUUUACUCCAAGAAGUCCCAGAGGCCGGAGAGACGGACGUUUCAAGUCAAGCUGGAGACCCGGCAGAUCAUCUGGACCAGAGGAACGGAUAAAAUCGAGGGCGAGAUUGAUAUUCGGGAGAUUAAGGAGAUCCGCAUGGGCCAGAAGUCACGAGACUUCGAGCGAUAUGUGGAGGACUCGAGCGCCCGGCCGGACCAGGCACACUGCUUCGUCAUCCUCUACGGGACAGAGUUUCGGCUCAAAGCGCUCAGUCUGGCAGCGACCUCAGACGAGGAGAUGGUUAUGUGGGUGAAGGGCUUGACCUGGCUGGUGUCCGAUACGCUACGCUCCCCCACACCCCUGCAGAUAGAGAGGUGGCUGAGAAAACAGUUUUACGCAGUGGAUCGUAACAGAGAAGACAGAAUUUCCUGUAAGGAUCUGAAGAGUAUGCUGUGCCAGGUCAACUACAGAGUUCCCAACAUGAGGUUCUUACGGGAGAAACUCCCGGAUGGAGAGCUGAGGAAUGGAGAUGUGUCGUAUAGUCACUUUGCGCAGUUGUACCGCAGCCUGAUGUUUGAUGCACAGAAAUCAAUGGAGAUUCCUCUGCUGCAAAGGCUUAUUGAGAGACCAGAGCAGAAGAUCUCACUGGAGGACUUCCAGAGCUUCCUGAUUGAACAUCAGAAGGAGCUCUGGGCUACAGACAAUAACAAGGUGCAGGAGUUCAUGUUCCACUACCUGAAGGAUCCUCUGCGAGAGAUCGAGCAGCCAUACUUUCAUCAAGACGAGUUGCUCACGUAUCUGUUCUCUAAAGAGAACACGAUCUGGGACUCGCAGCUGGAUCAGGUGAGGCCCGAGGACAUGAACAACCCCCUGUCCCACUAUUGGAUCUCCUCGUCCCACAACACCUAUCUGACGGGAGACCAGUUUUCCAGCGAGUCGUCUCUGGAGGCGUACGCCCGCUGUCUGCGGAUGGGCUGCAGAUGCAUCGAGUUGGACUGCUGGGACGGUCCUGAUGGGAUGCCUGUGAUCUACCACGGUCACACCCUCACCACCAAGAUCAAGUUCUGCGAUGUGCUUCACACCAUCAAAGAACAUGCCUUCGUUACGUCUGACUAUCCCAUCAUCCUCUCCAUCGAGGACCACUGCAGUAUUGUCCAGCAGAGAAACAUGGCCACUUACUUUAAGAAAGUGUUUGGAGAGAUGCUCCUGACCAAAGCGGUGGACAUCUCGGCCGACGGUCUGCCCUCGCCCAAUCAGCUCAAGAGGAAGAUCCUGAUCAAGCACAAGAAAUUAGCUGAGGGAAGUGCGUACGAGGAGGUCUCAUCUUCAACGCCCUACUCCGAGAACGACAUCAGCAACUCCAUCAAGAACGGCAUCCUGUACCUGGAGGAUCCCAUCAACCACGAGUGGUAUCCUCACUUCUUUGUCCUGACCAGCAAUAAGAUCUAUUACUCUGAAGAGACGUCAAGUAAUCAAGGGAACGAGGAUGAGGAGGAGCACAGAGAGAUCUGUAACGGCAUGGACCAGCAUGUGACGGAGAAGUGGUUUCACGGGAAGCUGGGAGCGGGGCGUGACGGGCGUCAGAUCGCCGAGCGUCUGCUGUCGGAGUACUGUCUGGAGACCGGAGCGCCGGACGGCUCCUUCCUGGUGCGGGAGAGCGAGACCUUCGUGGGAGACUACACACUCUCCUUCUGGCGGUCCGGACGGGUUCAGCACUGCAGGAUUCACUCUCGGCAGGAGGCCGGCAACCCCAAGUUCUACCUGACGGAUAACCUGGUGUUCGACACGCUGUUCGCGCUCAUCACACAUUACCAGCAGGUGCCUCUGCGCUGCAACGAGUUUGAGAUGAAGCUGACUGAGCCAGUGCCACAGACCAACGCUCACGAGAGCAAAGAGUGGUAUCACGCGAGUCUCUCCCGCAGUCAGGCGGAGAACAUGCUGAUGAGAGUCCCGCGUGACGGGGCUUUCCUCGUUAGGAAGAGAACUGAAGUCAACUCUUUCGCCAUUUCCUUCCGGGCGGAGGGCAAGAUAAAGCACUGCCGCGUGCAGCAGGAGGGACAGACGGUGGUUUUGGGCACCUCGGAGUUUGACAGUUUAGUAGAUUUAAUCAGUUACUACGAGAAACAUCCACUGUACCGUAAGAUGAAGCUGCGCUACCCCAUCAACGAGGAAACACUGGAGAAGAUCGGCACUGCUGAGCCUGAUUAUGGGUCUCUGUAUGAGGGUCGUAACCCUGGAUUUUACGUGGAGGCCAAUCAGAUGCCCACGUUCAAGUGCACAGUACGAGCCAUGUAUGAAUAUAAAGCCCAGCGUGAUGAUGAGCUGUCCUUCAGUAAGAACGCCAUCAUUCAGAACGUGGACAAACAGGAAGGAGGCUGGUGGAAGGGAGACUAUGGUGGGAAGAAGCAGCUGUGGUUCCCUGCGAAUUACGUUGAGGAAAUCAGCCCGACAGCCGUGGAGCCUGACAGAGCUCAGGCCACGGAGAACAGCCCUCUGGGAGAUCUCCUGAGAGGAAGUGUGGACGUGUCUUCCUGUCAGAUCGUGGUCAGGCCAGAAGGGAAGGGCAGCAGACAGUUCGUCUUCUCUCUGGUGCCUGUGGCUUUGCCUCGCACCGGCCCGGUGCUGGACAUCGCAGCCAGUUCACAGGAGGAGCUGAAGGACUGGGUGGUGAAGAUCCGCGAGGUCACCAUGACCUCUGAAGCUAAGCUUGAGGAGGGUAAAAUGAUGGAAAGGCGAAAGAAGAUUGCUCUAGAGCUGUCAGACCUGGUCAUCUACUGCAGACCGGUUCCUUUUGAUGAAGACAAAAUCGGGACGGAGCGGGCCUGUUUCCGGGACAUGUCCUCGUUUCCCGAGACCAAAGCAGAGAAGUAUGUGAACCGAAUCAAGGGAAAGAAGUUCCUGCAGUACAACCGUCUGCAGCUCUCGCGGAUCUACCCUCGCGGCCAGCGCCUGGACUCGUCCAACUACGACCCGCUGCCCAUGUGGCUGUGCGGCAGUCAGCUGGUGGCCCUCAACUUCCAGACCGCAGAUAAGCCGAUGCAGAUGAACCAGGCGCUCUUCAUGCUGAACGGCAGGAGCGGUUACGUGCUGCAGCCGUCCAUCAUGAGAGACGACAGCUUCGACCCGUUUGACCGGCUCUCUCUGAGAGCAGUGGAGCCCAUCACGCUCUGCAUCGAGGUUUUGGGAGCGCGCCACCUGCCCAAACACGGUCGAGGUAUCGUUUGCCCCCUCAUCGAGAUCGAAGUUUGUGGAGCAGAAUAUGACAACGCCAAGCAGAGGACGGACUCUGAAGCGGACAACGGUCUGAACCCCACCUGGCCCAGGAAACCCUUCCGAUUCACCGUUUGCAAUCCCUCCUUUGCCUUCCUGCGCUUCGUGGUCUAUGAAAUAGACAUGUUCAACGACCAGAACUUUCUCGCUCAGGCAACGUUCCCCAUCAACUGCCUCAAAACAGGCUACCGGUCUGUCCCGCUGAAGAACAGCUACAGUGAGGAUCUGGAGCUGGCGUCUCUGCUGGUGCACAUGGACAUCGUCAGAGGAAGGCAUGAGAACGGCGAGAUGCUGAGUCCGUUCUCGGCGGCGGGGGCGAUGGCCAUAGCAAUGCAGGUGGGCCGUGAGCGGAUGGGGGACACCAGCUCCGUCUCCUCCGUGUCCUCCAUGUCCCCCCUGCCCUCGUCCCCGGGCCAGGCGCUGGGAUACCGCGGGCGCGAGGGCUCGAUCGAGGCCCGCUACCAGUCUCCGCUGGAGGACUUCAGAGUGCCACAGGAGGCGCUGUUGGACCACGAGAGCAGGAGGCUCCGCAGGGCUCGCGUCAGCGCCGACAACAGAGCGUAACCCGAUCGGCUGAGCGUGCGAUGGACAGACGGAGCGGACGCAAGGCCAGCGACAAGGGUCCCACAGAGCUGAUGAUGUCAAGGACUGCCGUGAAACCCGCUUCUGUGGAAAUCGUCAUCGCCAGCGCUUUCGGACAGAUCUCCCUCUCUCUGCGACUCUCUCCCACUCCAGUCCGCGCGGGGCAUGAACGAACUGCGGCUCACAGACAGAAACAAACAAUUAUCUGCUUAGCUACAAUCUGAACCUGCGGCGGACGGGACGGGGGUGUUCUGGUGCAGCGCGAGACCAAUGUGGGCUGUAUCAUUCAUCACUUUGAAACCGGUUCCAGGUUAACAUUUAUGGAGUAAUAAUACUUUUUCUUUACUCUAUCUUUCUGGCUUAUAUAUAUAUAUAUACAUACGUUAAAUAUAUAAAUGUGCGUGCGCGCUCCAUUUUGCUGUCAGAUAGAAAAGCGUUGCAGCUGAUCUGCUCUCAAAGAGCCUCUCACUCCAUUUAUUUCAUAUUGAUUUAUUUUUAUUAUUUAAACAUCGGUUUGAUAAUGUUAUUGUUUUUAUUAAGAGUUUUGUUUGAACAUGAGGGCUUGGCCUUUUAAAAUUGUGUUUCUCUCAUUCGUGCGCGUUCUCUUUCCUCUGUCCGAGUUGAUGGACUAAACCGUAAGACACGUCCCAGGAUGCUCUUGAGUUUUGUGUUUUGUUUUCUUAGACAGGAAGGUGAGUAUGGGAGGUAUUAUUGAAGCAGGCGCUGUCUGAGCAUCAGGAAGAUAUUCUUCUAGAUUUAACAACCUUUAUUUUUUAACUAAGUUACGAUGUUAUCAAGUGACCAGAGAGCAAUAUCACUCUCCUUGUUUUGUUUUGUCAGUCUGCACGGGUGGACUUUAAUUCACAAACAGCUCAGGUGGGGUUUUCAGGCUACGGGAGCAUCAGAGACGUGUAUUUAGUUUACAGGACUUACAGACCAUCUCUUUUCAGAACACAAUUUCUGUGAUUUAUCGUACACUGUUUCUCCAUAUUUUAGCAAUUGAGAAGUCUUGUUCCUGAAGGCUUUUUAUGAUGUUUCGUCUUAUCAGAUCAAAAUAGGGAGGACACUUUAUGUAUGAUUUAGUAGCGUUAACCAUGAUGUCUGUUUAAAGAAAGCCAAAGGUAGACUGUGCAGGUGGUUUAUACAAAAAAAAAUUGGGACCAAAAUAACUGUCUUCAGUUUAUUUGGAUAGUAGAACACCCUGAGCGUCAAAAUAAUUAUGAAAAUAUUAUGGAUAUGUUUUAUUUCUUUCUUCUGUGGACAGGCGUAAGGGCAUUUUGGUCAGUCUUUUAGAAGUAUACCUUGUGCCAAGCUGUCAUUUGGUUUUGUGUUAUGCCAUAGUAUUGCCGUAAUACAGACUGUCACUGAUUGAUAAACAGGCUAAGACUGCUAAAUCUCAUAUUCACAGCUGAUGUACAGUAAAACAAGGCCAUAUUUAUUAUAGCUCUGAUAAAUUACAUGCAGUUCUCCUGUUUAGCCAGUAGAGGUUGAGUUGUUACUGAACUGCACAUAUAAACGUGCCAUUUAGAUCUGGGAAUCAUUUAGUGUCUAACAGCCAUAUGAGAGAAGCCAUUGUGAUGCUGUUACAUUUGUUUUUCCAUUGCUGAUGCUUUACCUUGCUCUCCGUUUGACCAUGGGGUCCAGGUGUGUUUUUAUGGAGCAGGGUGACCAUGGAGGACUUGUUUGCCGUUUUCCCCCUUUUUUUGCCUUGUGGCUGCUAAUGUUAUGGCAGUAUUGUCACCGUAUUUAUUUGGUUCUGUGCAUGACAGCUCAGAGUCUGAAAGAUGCUCAAGAAUUUACUCCUCAAUUUCCCCAGACUGGGCAUAUACAGAAAUGCUAACUAACUUGAAAAUGGUAAACAAAGGGCAUUUUUACAUGGAGGGAUGUGUGCAAUUCAAGCAACCAGUUUGCACCUUUGGAUGCAUGCAUAAAUUCUGUAAUUCCUCUCUUUUUCUAGUAUAUACCAAAUUGCAUUAUGAAAUCUAUAAAUACUACAGAAAGACAUGGGGACCAUAAUCACUUCCUGAGCUUUGAGAGGAGAAGACGAGGCCAAAGUCCUUCAGAGGGAACUUGCUCAGGUUCCCUUACAUUUAUUCCUAAUUAGCCAACAUUCCCUCAAUUUGUUCUCAGUGUUAUUCCCUUUCCUUGUACUUCUGUAGCCCUUCUCCAGUCUGUUAAUUAGUUUCUGCUGUUUUCUUGCAUCAUCUUUCAUGUGCCUUGGUGUAUGUAUACAUCAACGAAAGAUUCCCUGUUGGACAUAUAUAUGCCAUUUUCUAUACUUUGUUGCAUCAGCGUUUUGUUAAUUAUCUUAUUUACAAACCAAGCCUUUUCUGUAAUGUGCCUAUGCUAUAUUGGAGAAAGUAUAUGUUUUAAUUUUGCUUUUCAUAUGUAACAUAAUCAAGCCUGAGAAUAAAGUACUUAUUCAACAAUGAAAA